GCUGCAUUUCAGAAGUUGGGAGAAACUAUGAAGUCCGUUUUAUCUUCUCUCUCCAGCGGUUGCCCAUUCCCACGUGAUCUUAUGCGGAUCCCACCUCUCUUAACCAGUCUCUGGCGGCAUAAACUAAGCUGAACUCAUGCACCGUUGUGAAAACGAACUACUGUAGUAGCCAUUGUAUUAUUCUGAGCCAGGACCUAAUGAGAGGCAGAAUCCUUGCUUGCUUAUUAUAGUACACCUAUUGCCUUUUGUGCCACCUGAUGCCUCUUGGGAAGGUCCAAACUAUCCCCACAGCGACCAUCCUGGGGUCAGGCGGAGGAAAAGUGACCGCGACUGACCCAAAACUAUCCCGAUAAUGGUUGCUUUCAAUAGCCCGACAUUGGGCAUCAUGUCCUCAAACUCCCCCCUCCCCCAUUUACUUAUUCUACUCUAGAAGGAAGGAGCUCUACCUAAUUGGUCGAACGGGCCCGCCUCGUGCCCAAUCAGAUUGUUGUGUCUGGAAAGGCAACUAUCGCAUCCGCCAGUGAUAUUGCCGACAGCCACGGCUACUUGUCUUUAAAAAAAAACAAAAACCGCAACCUGUGGGGAAAAAAAAAUAAAAGCCUUUCGCCACGCCCCCUUCCCCCUUCCUCGCGAGCUAGCUGGUUCCCCCAUUUCUCCUCCCUCCCCCUCCCCGACGUUUCGUAAAUCUUCACCCAAUAAUGCGUUCAGACGAAAGAGGGAAGGGGUUAAGGGGGCUGCCUCGCUCUCCCCCCGCCCGCUUCCUCUCGCUCGCCUGCCUCCUCCUCCCUCUCCCCCUCCUCCUCUUCUUCUUCUUCCAGCUUCAUCAUGUAGGCACCCGGACCCCCUUCUAUCCUUUUCUCAUGGAGCUGGUUCCUUGACGUCAGAUCUAUGAAUAUUGCACGAAAAAGCCGGCUUGCGAGGGCUACCACAGCGGCUCGAUGUAAGCCCGGGAUCUAUCCCGGCGUGGACCGUGGCGUUGGCGGCGGCGGUGGCGGGCAGGAGGAAGCGCUGAUCGCCGCCGCUUUGGAGAAGGAGGAGACCCGGCGGCUGGUGGCCGAGAGAGGAGGCCGGCCGUACAGUGCCGGCGGCGGCGGCGGCGGCAGCGAGCAAGGAGGCUUGUUGCUGCUGCUGCCGCCGAGAGAGGAAGAAGUGCUGGGCUGCGCGCUCCUUCCCAGGCGAGAGGUGGCCCCGGGGGAAUGUGACAUCACCGCGCGGGUCUGGGGCAGCCGAGCAGGCAGGCUCCCCGGCAGCGCCCCGGCCGCCCUGGCUAACGCGCUGCCGCCCCCCGCGCCAGCCCCGGCUCCCCACCUCGGCCCCGUGAUCAGCAUGUCUGCCAAGGAGAGGCCCAAAAGCAAAGUCGCGACCAAGGAAAGCGUCACCCUGUUGCCUUGCUUUUAUUUCGUAGAGCUGCCCAUACUGGCCUCUUCUGUUGUCAGUCUCUAUUUUCUUGAACUCACGGAUGUCUUCAAGCCGGUGCAUGCCGGAUUCAGCUGUUACGAUAGAAGUCUGAGUAUGCCAUACAUUGAACCUUCCCAGGAGGCCGUUCCUAUCUUGAUGUUGCUCAGUUUGGCUUUUGCUGCUCCUGCCAUUAUGAUUAUGGUAGGCGAGAGCAUUCUCUACUGCUGCCUUUCCAAACGCCGGAAUGGAAUUGGAGCCGAGGCCAAUAUCAACGCAGGUGGCUGCAAUUUCAACUCUUUUCUUAGGAGAGCUGUCCGAUUUGUUGGUGUCCAUAUCUUUGGCCUUUGUGCUACCGCACUCAUCACUGAUAUUAUACAGCUGUCAACUGGCUAUCAAACACCGUAUUUCCUGACUGUAUGCAAACCUAAUUAUACUUCCCUCAAUGUAUCGUGCUCAGAAAAUUCUUACAUUGUGGAGGAUAUUUGCUCAGGAUCUGAUCCCAUUAUCAUCAAUGAUGGCAGAAAGUCAUUUCCUUCACAACACGCCACCCUGGCAGCAUUUGCAGCUGUGUAUGUUUCGAUGUACUUCAAUUCUACGCUAACUGACUCCUCAAAACUUCUGAAACCACUUCUAGUCUUUGCUUUUAUCAUCUGCGGAAUCAUAUGUGGCCUGACACGCAUCACCCAGUACAAAAACCAUCCAGUGGAUGUUUAUUGUGGCUUUUUAAUUGGGGGCGGAAUUGCCCUCUACUUGGGUCUGUAUGCUGUGGGGAACUUUCUGCCAAGUGAAGACAACAUGUUCAGUCAUAACAUACAUAGAGAGCCAUUGAGACCUUUGCCUGACCUAAGCCAAGAUCCCAAUCGAAUUUUACCAGGGAAAAGUGGUAGUGGUAACGAUGUGAUCGCUACUCACCAUGUGGAGAACAUGUUGAACAGGAACCACAGAGACACUGGCUCCUUGACAAACCUUAAGAGAGCAAAUGCUGAUGUCGAGAUUAUAAUGCCACGAAGUCCGAUGGGAAAGGAAAACAUGGUCACAUUCAGCAACACCUUGCCAAGAGUCAACACACCUGCUGUAGAGGAGUCAGCUCGACGGAACGCAACCAUACAUGCGUCUAUGGAUUCCGCCCGCUCGAAGCAACUUCUCUCUCAGUGGAAGAACAAGAACGAAAGUCGGAAGCUGUCCCUGCAGGUCAUUGAAACCGAUUCCGGACAGUCGCCGCCUAGAGCCAUUGAAAUGAGGUCAAGCUCUGAGCCAUCUAGGGUGGGUAUGAAUGGAGAUCCCCAUGGUCCAAGCAAUCAGUACCUAAAAAUUCAACCGGGUAGCAUGCCAGGCUGUAACAGCGCUGGCCUAUCUGGGGUACCCAGAGUCUCUAUUCAGUCACGUCCAGGAUCUUCCCAGCUUGUGCACAUCCCUGAAGAGACUCAAGAAAAUGUGAAUGCAUCUCCCAAAACAAGUUCCGCUCGAGCAAAGUGGUUAAAAGCUGCCGAGAAGACAGUUGGAUGCAGAAGCAACAGCCAGCCGAGGAUCAUGCAGGUAAUAGCCAUGUCAAAGCAACAAGGAGUUCUUCAAGGCAGCCCAAAGAGCUCUGAUGGCGGUACAGUCACCUGUACAGGAGCAAUCCGCUACAAAACCUUAACCGAUCACGAGCCAAGCAGUAUUGUAAGAGUAGAGGCCCAUCCUGAGAAUAGCCGCCCCAUCAUUCAAAUGCCAUCCGAAGGAGAAGGCAGUGGGUCCUGGAAAUGGAAAGCCCCGGAGAAAGGAAGCCUCCGCCAAACGUACGAGCUCAAUGAUCUCAACAGAGACUCUGAGAGCUGUGAAUCUUUGAAAGACAGUUACUGUUCUGGGGACCGGAAAAGAAGCAAUAUCGAGGGCGGUGACCAUCAUCAUCAUGGGAUCACCACAAUAAGAGUGACCCCUGUAGAAGGCAGUGAGAUUGGUUCAGAGACCCUGUCCAUUUCUUCUAGCCGUGACUCAACACUUCGGAGAAAAGGGAAUAUCAUUUUAAUUCCCGAAAGAGGCAGCAGCCCAGAGAACACCAGGAAUAUCUUCUACAAAGGAACGUCUCCAACGAGAGCUUACAAAGAAUGAGGGCUGGCGCUUCAGCCAAAACAAACACCACCACAAUCAAUACAGUUCGGGUGCAAGCGUUGUACUCUCUUUAUUUUUAGAGCUGAUGCCGAAAUAUUCUUGAUGUGCCAACUAUUGACCAUCAGCCUGACUGUUUAUGGAUGUUGCUGAUGUGUAGUGAUUGUGCAUGAAUUUGUGAAUUUCAUGUCGCGGGGGGAAAAAGCACAAUGCAAGAACCUAAUGAAGGGGAGCAAGCUUUUGUUUUCAGAAUCAAAAUGUUUUUCCAGCGGGAUCUAUGUCAGCAAAAAGAGCGGUCUUAAAAACGAGACCACUUAUUUCCUGAAUGUGCCAACUUUUCAACUUAUCUCUAUUUCAUGGUCAAAGGGAAGCAAUUUUUUAAAAAAAUAAGCAAAAGCUGUACCAGAGUUGUACUUCAUCUUUGCGGGUUUUGCACCAAAACUUAAUACCAAAUGGUGCUGAUUCUAACUUUACAUUUUUAGAAAACUUCUACUCCUGUGCAGCUCUCUAAACACAAUACAUUUUGACGUGCGAGUUCUUUCCGAGUAUUCUAGCUGAAAACACAUGCUAACUGCAUUCAUUUAGAAUAGAAAAGUAUCAAGAAUCAAUACAGCUUUGCUAUAGUGCAAUUUUCAUCUCAGAUGAUUGCAAAAAUUUUGUGUAGUUCUUUGAGAGAUUUUUCUGGAGCCAAAAAGAGAACAGAAACAAAAGAUGAUAUCCCAUGAAAGUUGAAUGAUUUCCCCCCCCCCCCAAGUUAGUUUAUUUUUUUGCUUUUCUCCAAACUUUAUUCAGUUAUAGGUGCUAUAGAGAUAGAUGUUGCUUUUUAAUGAGAUAGCUUGGGAUUAAUUUAAAUAUUGUGCUUUUUUUAAAAAAAAGAUAGGGAUCUCUUAUAGCACUAAUUCAAAUUCUUCAUUUUGAACAGGUUCUCAAUUUGCCUCAUUGCUUACAUUUUUUUUUCCAGGUCAUCGUUGAUUAGCUAGCAUUUCACCCCGAUCACUACCACUGUGUUGUAACAGUGCAAAUAAAUCUUACAAGUCAAAUUGCCUAAUCGAUUAGCAGGUGUGGCCUUAAACAUAGGAACAUCACAGACAAGACAAAGGACCCCUGUUAUUCUUUUCCCAAAAAGUGGUUUGUGCUUUUGCUUCCAGAAGUGACCUGAAUUUAAUGAAGGAACAUGAUUGGAAGUCCCAAGCAAUCAUAAGAGGCUUAUCUUAAUCUCCCAUGGCUGGUAAAAUAGUCAGUGGAAAUGAGAACUGAAAUUAAGUUAGCUGAAUCCUCUCCCGCAUGACAGUUUGCUAUCUUAAGUACUUAAAACCAGAUUACAUUAGAUCACCUAUCCCCUUCUCUUCUGCAUCAGUGUUGAACCUCUGCCUCCCUCUGAAUUCCUAAUAUAUUAAAUAGGAUUUGACAGUUUUGAUGUCAAUGAAAGCAAUGGUUGAGGUAUUUUGUAGCUGGCUAUCUGGUGGCCUCUGACAAUAUGAGAUACUGGAUAAUUCUCCUAUCCCAUGGAUGGGCUGGUCUUUUCAUUUGAGGACAAUCACAGAUAAAACCAAUACUCACACUCACACAGAGAAGUGAUUCUCUUACUCAUUUGAAAUAUAAAAUGACCCUUCAACUACUUGUAGCAUGUUCAUCCAUCAGUGAUUAUUUUUUGAUUUAAAAAGAAUGCCAUGCCCAGUAACAAUCAUCAAACAAGCAUAAAAGUGCUGCAUUGUAGUACCACCACUCGUAUUCAGUUAACAUCAUUUUCAGUUAGAAUAUAAUUAUUUUCCCCCCUACCAUGAGCACAUCUUGAGUCCUACCCAACUAAGGAGAAAACUGGUCGAAUGAAAUGGGUUAUCAAUAAUAAUAAUAAUAAUAAUAAGGAUUUCCUAGUAUAAUAAAUUAUGGACAAAUUGAUUUAUUUUGGGUUCAUGUCAGGUCCUGUGUUCAGGUUUUCACCUCAUAAGCCAUGUCUCUAUAAAUUCUUUUAUCCUAUGUGAACAUUUCAAAUGAAAUAGGUUCUUAGAAAACACAUUUCUUAUUUUCGCAUAAAACAGGCAUUUUAAACCUGUUUUUUUUUUAAAGCUAAUAAAACUGCCAGCACAUUUCACAGGAAAUGUGAAACCCAACUAAUAAUGCAAUGGUUGAUCUGUACAUUAAUCCAGGGGAUGAACUAUGUAGUUAGUUCACAUCAGAACACUCAGCCAAGGAAGAAAAUUGAGAGGUAUCUGGCAUCUAGCAUUUGGACGAUUCAGUCCAAAUCCUUAUGUUCUAGAAAUCUAAAUGGGCCAACAUCAACUAUAGUUGCUUGAUUAUGUUUCCCUUGCUCCCUCCAAAGAGCUUUGAUUGACAAUCUAUCCUCAUUUCUAUUCUACAGGAAAGAAUUGGAAUCCAAUCUAUCUAUUGGAAACCUGUUAAUUUUUCUUGUUAACAUCAAAAAAAAGUACAUAAUACAAGAAGAAUUUGGUCAUCAUCAUGCAAUAAAGCUAUCUUGUCUAUUAAAACAGUGCUUAAAAACACUUCAGAAGCAAAGUGCAAAUAUUGUACUUCCCACUACUUUUUAAAAAUGAUGGUAGAGGGAGCAAACUACUCGUUAUAUUCUAUUUAUUGAAUUCAUAUCCCCUUUUCUAACAGGAGCAUAAGACAGCAAAUCCUCUUGCAUUCCCCCCUCCCACAUCCCUGUAAGCUCAGAGAAUCAACAACAAUGCAGUUGUUCCCACCAGUUAAUAGCGGCUCUCCCCAUCUAAAGGCAAUUGUCUUUACCAGCUCACAUACCUGAGAUUCUUUCAACUAGCAUGACUAUGCUGAAGCUUAGCCUGCAGUCCUGCAAAAGACAUGGUCUUCCCCAGUGGUGGGAUUCAGCCAGUUCGCACCACUUCAGCAGAACCGGUAGCUAAUUUUUUGUUGCUCAGGCCCAGAAUGGACUUCCAGAAGUGGCAUCCACACAGAGUACCGGUUGUUCACAUAUUUGAAUCCCACUACUGGUCUUCCGCAAGAAAAGUGUUCUUUUUUAGAUAAUCAUUCUGAAAUCUAAUGUGAGUUACGCAGCAAGCAGUUAUUUCUUGCAUAGCCCGUAAUAGCACUGAGGAGUUAACAUCUCUCAUUGGAUUAGAUGGAAAGGGAGGCAUUAUUAAUGAUACCACUCAGAACAAAUGAGAAUUAUGUCUUGAGAUACGCAUCUCAAAACAUACCUAUGUUUCCAUUUCUUCCAGUCCCAAACUGGUCAUCGCACACCCUUAAUUCCAAUCCAGCUCAGGAAUAAACCAUGCAAUCCUGAUUGUUGGAUGCAGGCAUCCAGCCAAUAUAUUUUUAUGUCCAACACUCUUGUACCAACAGCUCCUUGCAUUAUGUUGAACAUUUGAUAAGGGCCCCCCCUAGUGAAGCAUCCAUGCUUUUUCAUAGGAGGCUCACAUCUAGUCUUUAACUAGAAUAUCAUGCCAUGGGCUGCACUGAAAAAGCAGGUAGGACCAAAUAUACUAAAUUUGAUUUAAAUGUUAGUAUAAUUGAAACUUAAUAUACUAUACGUGAUUAGUUCCCAUGUGUUAUAGAACUUCUCUCACAUUGAAAGUUGUAAUUUGGUGGCUAGUUUGAAGAAGCCCUGGAGCUACUUGCUGGGGCUCUGAGGCUACAUUUUUGCCCUAGCUGGAUUGGAGGAUUGACUGUCUAUUUGCAGAAUUUAAUGUUAAAAAUAGUACUGAACUUUUUCCCCAAAGGAAAGGCUACUCAGAUUCUUGACCAAGAUUAAGUCUUCUUAACUCUGAUCAAUUCUGACUCGCAGGCAGAGAGGAUUACAGUUCAGUUUAUUAAGCUGGAAAGCCUUUGAAAGACUUAACAGUACAUAGCACACAGUCACUGCUAGGCUAAAAACAUGUCCUAUGUAUCACUCUCAGUUGUACUGAGCUCAUCAGGACUUGUGUUUCAGUGAAUAAAUACAGGAUUGUGAUCUGAACAACUGCAAUAAUACAAGCACUCCGAAUAGCCAUUCUAGAUAACAUCUCAUUUUUUUUCUGUGGCAUGUUUAUGUUUUUGGAGGGACUGGUUGCUUUUCUUUAAUUAUCCUUCUUGCUUUGCUUUAGUUAGCUAACCAGAUAUAAAUAAUUGUGCGUUGUUACGUGGACUCUAAACUUCGCUGCACUCUUUCAAUGGCAGUGAUACUUUUCCUAUCUAAACUUUUCCUACUUACCAGCCAACAACUUUAAAAGCACUUGCAAAAUCAUUGAAAUUACAUUCUUUACUUAAAAUACUGAAAAUACUUUUUUACACAGAAGUGCCAAAGGCUACUCUUUUUAAUAACGGCUUCUCAGUAAUUACAUUAAAGAACAAAGAGUGUAAUAAUAAUAUAAUUGAGAUUCUAACUUCUGUUUGUAUAUCAUCUGUGAAGCCUUUUGUAAAACAAAUCUCUGUUUACAUUCCACUGGUACCUUAAUUUCAAACAAUUCAAAUUGACAGGUGGCAUCUUCAAGUUUUUUUGUUUUUACUUGCUUGAAAGGGGCACCAAUUUCUUUGUUUAGGCUGUGCUUUACUAAGAAAAAAAAUUGGGUAAAAUACAGAAUAUGUUUUUAAAUGAGAAUUCUAUAUAAAGUAUUGUGUUCUAAUAAAAUGUUAUGCACUGUUUUAAAAAAACAAAAAAACAAACUUUGUAAAUUGCUAUAAAUGUAUUUUGUUAAAUAAGUACAAAAUUCAAUGCUACUGUGUGAGUUUAUUGUGCUAAUAUCAUUAAAAUGAAUAUUAAUUCC